AUGAGUCAGCGCGGAUGGGGGAUCGCCCACGCGGGGCGACGGGGGCUCUCCUUCCUGACCCAAGCUGAGCCGUCAUUGUGGUCUGUAUGUGAUGCAACGAAGCCGGAAUGCGUGCGCUGCCAAAAGAGAGGUAUUCCGUGUCCUGGGUACGAGAAAACCCGCAUCUUCAUCCACCAAAGUGAUAUCUCCAAGCGACCGACGCGCGAAAUCGUGCAUCCGCAGUCUAUCCGCCAUGCAAAACCUUCUCAAUUGACCCCCGUGGUGCAGACCGGUCCAGUGAUGCGUACCCAGCUCUACUCAUUCCUCCUGGGCGCGUAUUUCCCAACCAACAUCCGAGGCACAACAGACAUUGAGCGUGUUCAGUAUUUCUUCUUGAACUCUUCAAACAUGCUAGAGCGCCCCGGUGGCAAAAAAGACAAAUUUAUGAUUUCAGAAAAGGCUCUCUCGGCCAUGUCAUGCAUAUCCCUUGGUCGAAUGAACCGCGAUUACCGCAUGGCCCGUUAUGGCGUCCAGCUCCACAGCGCCACGAUGCAUCUCAUCUCAAAGCUAAUGAUCCAAGAUCCCUAUAACGAAGAUUAUAUUCGGGCAAUGGUCAUUUUGAAGAUCCUCGAGAUCUACGCCAUUACCGCAGUGAACUUCUCCAGGGAUGAAUUCGAAUAUCUGAUCGAGUCUGGAACUGGUCACCCCGUCGAUGGCUUAUUCGAAAUCUUUGUCGAUCUUGGAUCCCUCGUCACGGCCGUAGAACGAACUGACCACUCCGACCGAGCUCGAUGUCAGGAACUCCUGCAGAAUUGCCGGGCGUUGAAGAAAAGAAUACUGUCGUGGUAUUCUAACAAUCUUGAGCUGAUAGGAGGUCCCCCUCUCAUACGAGAUGAAUUCAACCAGCAAGCACUGCCGCUUGCCGCUCACCUAUUUGGCGAUGCCUACUCCUUUACCUCGCUUGAUAACGCGCGACUGCAUAUGUUUUUCUGGAAGGCACUGAUCAUCACGCAUUCGGUGAUUUAUCAAGCCGAAGUACUCGAUCUCGCUCACACCCACGAAUUCACGACUGAUCCCACCACCCAUCAAGAGUACCUUCUAGCUGGCUUUUAUGCCGACCAGUUCUGUCGAUCCAUACCAUAUUUUCUUCAGGGCCACGUGGAGCUCUGGGGCAUGGUCGCAGUGUUGGUAUCUAUGCCCCAUACGUUGAAAGUCUACAUCCAUCUACGAAACCGCGAGAAGUUCUCCUGGUGCCUGGAGUUCUGUUCUUUCCUGUCGAGCUUCGGAAUUGAAAUGGCAACAUACGUCAAAGAGGCAUGGCGGAGAACUUGGUUUCUCGCAGAGGAUCCGGCCAUCAACUCCAUGCUCAGUUUAUCACUGAGGUACGGCCUCUCUAAAGAGAUUCCAGUUUCUGCAGGAGGUACGCACGGAGAAGUGGUAGAGGUGGAAGAGGUACAGGGGCAGCAAAAUCAACUAUAG